AUGGCUGAUCUAUCUACCGGCCAUGUCGUCACUCUGACGGACGGUCGGCAGGCUACCGUUCGAUUCGUUGGGACGACGCAUUUUGCAGCUGGUGACUGGGUCGGAAUCGAACUAAACGAGCCCACGGGAAAGAAUGAUGGCGCUGUUCAGGGGGAACGGUACUUCGACUGUGAGCCAGGGUAUGGUAUGUUUGUCCGGCUGUCUGCUAUUGCGGCCGUUGUUCGACAGCCCGUGCGCGAGGCCAAACCUACGGCAAAGGGGAAUACCAAUGUUCCACCACCUAGCAGAGGUCGGGCCCAGAGCGGCGUUGCUGCAGGUAGUACGGGUAUCAAGAAACCGGGGUCUGUGCCAGCUACGAAUUCAAAAAGACACAGCACCAGCCCUGCCAGUCCAACUCCCGCGUCCAAAGUUACGGCCCAAAGAUUGUCAUUGAAAUCCCCUGCAAGGUCUCCGACGAAGCAGAUGUCGGCUGCAUCCACGCCGCUUUCAUCUCAUCGCCCGUCCCUCAGUGGUGCCUCUCGGCCAACUGUUGCAACCCCCAAGUUGCGACCAUCUGUCGGUGCUAAGUCUUCCAUGGGUCCUCCGCCUCCUCUCUCAGCAGCAACCCGGACCUCGCGACCCUCAAUAUCCGGGUCUACAAAUAAGACAAUCAGACAAAGUGCGCAAGACGCCCCAUCGGCCUCGAUAGGAUUGGCAAAGCGCACAGUCUUACGGCCGACGGCUCCCAACAAGACGUUAGAAGAACCAGAAAGCGGACAAAGCUCGAACUCUGAGGCUUUCGAGACGGAUUCUCAGGAGCCCGGAAAUGUUCCGGAGAAUGAGGAAUCGACUCCCAAAGCGUCCCAGCCGACUUCAAGCUCUCUGCGAGCAGGUGUUGGUCGUCAAGGGCCAUCCUCACCCUCAUCACAGCGUCAAAUUCAAAACAGCGCGGUAAACAGGGAGAUUGAAGAGCUGAAGACGAGACUGCGGGUGAUGGAGAAGAAACGAACAGAGGAUCGAGAGAAGCUCAAGACUCUGGAAAAACUGCAGUCUGAAAGGGAUAAAUUCGAGGCCAUCAUCCAGAAACUGCAGGCUAAAUAUCAACCCCAGCAGGCGGAAAUCAGCGAUCUGAGGAGAAAGUUAAAGGAUUCGGAAGCGAAGCUUGAGGAGGUUGAGCGGCUUCAAGCAGAACAUGAAUCCAUCAUGGAAAUGGCAACUCUUGACCGUGAAAUGGCAGAGGAAACGUCGGAUGCUUUCAAACAUGAUUGCGAGGUGUUGAGAAUGAAAGUCGAAGAGCUCCAACUGGAAGUUGAAGUUUUGCGUGAGGAGAACGAGGAGCUUGGCCAGGUCAUGAGUCCCGAGGAGAAAUCUAGCCAGGGAUGGUUGCAAAUGGAGAAAACGAAUGAACGACUCCGCGAAGCGCUUUUGCGCCUUCGUGACAUGACUCAGCAGCAGGAACAGGAGCUGAGAGAACAAGUCAAAGAGCUAGAGCAGGACCUGGAGGAUUACGCAAGCAUUAAGUCGCAGUACGAGUCUACAAAAGAAAAGCUGCUUGUGUCGGAAAACAACGUCGAAGACCUUAAGCAGCAAUUAGAGACCGCACUUGGUGCGGAGGAAAUGAUCGAAGAGCUUGCAGACAAGAAUAUGCGCUACCAAGAGGAGAUUAACGAACUUAGUGCGGCCAUAGAGGACUUAGAGGCUUUGAAGGAAAUCAAUGACGAGCUCGAGUAUAACCAUAUCGAGACAGAAAAACAACUGCAAGAGGAAAUCGAUUACAGAGAAGGCUUGUUCAAUGAACAGUGUCGGAAGAUUACCCAACAAGACGAGGUCAUCGAUGACUUGGAAUACACCUUGGUCCGUUUCCGAGAGCUGGUGUCUACCUUACAGGGGGACUUGGAGGAUAUGCGGGCAUCGCAACAGAUAUCUGAGGCCGAGGCCAACGAUUUCACCGCACGUUCCCGGGCCAUGAUGGAUCUAAAUUUGAAACUUCAGGCGUCGGUCACGAAGACACAGACUAAAACUAUCGACAUCGAACUCGGCCAUAUGGAGGCGGAGGAAGCCACCCAGCAUCUGUCUAUCUUGAAGCUGUAUCUUCCCGAAUACUUUGAAGGAGAGCGAAAUUCGAUUCUCGCCCUUUUACGUUUCAAACGUGUCGGUUUCAAGUCUUCAUUGAUGAUCAAUGCCAUUCGCGAAAAGAUCUCUGAGCAAGCAUCCAUAACCACCGCGUUGGAAGAUUCCUUCUCUGCAUACGAUGUUCUGGAGAAACUUUCGUGGAUAGCUUCUCUAUGUGAACGCUUCGUGAACUACAUUACUAGCUGCUCUGCAGACGUCUUUGGAAGUAUCCAGCCCACGCUUUUUGAAAUGGAGCCCGUGGAACGCACCCUGAAUUUUUGGAUUGAAUAUUUGAAAAAGGACGAGCUGAAAAUGAAGAAAUGUGGCAUAGAGUUGCAAAGAUCCAUCGCCCUAAUGUCUCACCUCGCUGAAAAUUACCUGCUCAGUUCGUUGGAGGUCUUUGCUGAUGAGCUUUGCAUGCGCUCAACGUUGACGCAGUCGUAUAUCGACCACACAGCCGCGUCCAUAUCACGACUGAGGACACUGCUAUUAUCCAAAAUCUCGACCCCAGACGGCGGUGAUGAGGAAAUCGGCUUUCUCUCAAAUAAAAUGGAGGGAUUCGUUACCCAUGCUCGUGGGCUGAAAGUUGCCAUGGGUAAGUUGUUUCCGGGCCAUUCAAAAAAAACCGAAGAAGCCGCAAAGGAGCUUUCCGAAUUAGCUCGACAUCUUGGAGAGAAUAUUGUACUACUGUUGGGCGAUGACAGCCGCACGGAGCCGUUUACUUUGGAAGAGGCGUCAAGAAGUAUGUCUCAGAUCUCGACUCUCUAUGCUCAACCAUCAGAAUCAGGCAGCGAAAGCAAUGAUACCAUGUCUUUUAUUUUCAACAGACUACGCAGCCUUGGGGGAUGUAUAGAAGAACUUGAAUCCAUCUCAUCCGAUCUCACUAUCACGACAGAAUUUGAGAAGCAUUCUUCCCCUUGGAUUGCUAGGGCUGCGGAGCUGAAGUCGAAUAAGACCACUUCCCCCGAUGCGGACGAUGAAAUUCGCCGCCUGAAGAAUGAGAUUAACGAAGCGUCGACAGCUCUCGGCGUGAAGGACAAAACCAUCGAAGAGCAAAUCAUCAAAGUAGAGACCGUUGAAGCCCGAAUGCGCGAUGCAACGAAGAAGGCCUCCAUGGUGAAAGAACUCGAGGCUAAGAUUGAGGAGAUGCGGACGAAGGAGUUGGAGCUCGAGGGACUCGUGAAACAACAACGUAGGGAGCUCCAAGACAUGGAGACAGAAUGUGACGACAUCAAAGCACGGCUAGACAAGGUCAAAAGGGCUUCCGGAGCAGCCGGUAUCGCUACGACCGACGGUGUGGUCGUCGAUGCCGGCGUUUCGCUGGCCACCAUGCGGGAGAAUGAGGCCCUAAGGGCAGAGGUAGAGAGCCUUCAAGCGGCUGUACGCUAUCUACGCGAAGAGAAUCGACGUGCCAAUAUCCUCGACCCGUACUCUGUUCAGCGUUCUGCAGAGAUGUAUUCAUGGCUUGAUGUGCCUCUCACCCAGACAGUGGGUUCUCCGCGAGAGAAGAUACAGCAAACGGCGGCUGAAAGCAGGGAUGUCUUCACUCAUCUCCUCAAACUAACCAAGGAGUCCAACGUUUGUGAUCUGAAGUUCACCAUGUCCCAAGAUAGUACCAACCGUACUGGCUGGCGUCCAUCGAAGACCAAGCUUCGAUAUCAGGUACUUCAACAGCAGGAGAAUUUCGAACGCUGGGUCGAAUGGAGAGACGACGUCGUCACCGAGGAACGCGAACGGGACAGACAGACCGCUGCAAGAAAAGAGCGACUUGCCCACGGACGGGCUCACGGACAUGCUCCGCGGAACUCCGUGUUCGGCGGCUUUCCUCAAGGGAUGGGCCAUGGGAUGAUGGGACGCGCAUGGCAGAUCCUAGGUAUGCAGCAGGACCGCAAGACCGCCAACAGGCCGGUGGAACCUACAAUAGCGCCUUCAUUCUAG